AUGGAUGGAGGUGAUGGUGUACGUACACAGAGGAAGCAAGUGUGUGUGAGAGAGAGAAAAGCUGCAAGAGAAUAUAGAAAUGCAAAUCACGGUCGUCCCAUUCUUUUUCUUGUCAUGUCACUAUCCACUUCCCUUUUCCCCGCAAUUCCCUCUCUAUCUCUCCCUCUCACUGUGGAGCUACCUCGACGGACACAACUUUUCCGUCCCGUAAUUUCUUCUCUUCGUUAUUCAUCGUUCACCUUGUUUUUCAUGCUUACCUCAACGGAGAAAGGGCUUGUGGCGUCACUGCACGGUGUUUUCGCGUGCAAGGAAGAGAAGAAAGAGAGAGAGGGACAUGCAUAUGUUGUCGUUGUAGUCAUAAGUUUACAAGUUGACGAUUUUGGUCAAUUUUGCGGAAUGGAAUUUGAGGAUCAAGAGGAGCAAGAGGAGGAGUUGUGUAUCAGUCCCGCGGCUUACGACCCCACCCGGAUGAAGGUUCCAGUUGGACCGGAGGCCGUCAUGGCUCCUCAGCCAGUGAGGAGCAACAUCAACAACGGUGGGACGGGGAGGGCGCGCUACAGAGAGUGUCUGAAGAACCACGCUGUCGGCAUAGGUGGCCACGCACUCGACGGCUGCUGCGAGUUCAUGGCGGCGGGGACCGAAGGUACCAUCGACGCGCUCAAAUGUGCCGCCUGUAGCUGCCACCGCAACUUCCACCGCAAGGAGAGCGACGGGGUUGGCGGCGGUGACCCGUACUUGCUUUCGCACCACCACCUGCACCACCCUCCACCACAGCAGUUUGCUGCUUAUUACCGGACCCCAACCGGGUACCUUCAAGUUGGGGGGCAGGCGCGCCCAGGGGGGACGCUGGCCCUGCCGUCGACUUCUGGCGGUGGCGGGACGCAGAGCACUCGGGAGGAUCAGGAGGACGUUUCGAACCCGAGUGCAGGAGGAACUGGGUCCAAGAAACGGUUCAGAACAAAGUUCACACAGGAGCAAAAAGACAAAAUGCUUGAACUUGCAGAAAAACUAGGGUGGAGGAUUCAGAAACACGACGAGGGUGUGGUCCAAGCCUUCUGCAACGAAACCGGGGUGAAGCGUCACGUUCUCAAGGUUUGGAUGCAUAACAACAAGCACACUCUCGGUAAGAAGCCCUAG